UAAAUCUUGAAUGAAUGAUGCAAAGACCAAAAUAUAGUGAGAAUUUAUCAGCUGCAGGGGUGGUUAGUAUUGGAUGCUCUAUACUAGCAGCCUCUUGACCAUAGUAUUCCUUCCAGAACACCUAGGUUUCUGUCUUCAAGUAUGACAACUAUACUGAAGAUAAAAAUUAUAUUUGUGUUCAACAAAACAUAAAAAAUCCCUAAACAGUGUCCCAAAAUAACAACAACAAACGAAAACACCUUCCUUAGAAACCAGUUUGUGAUGAUAAAUAUUCUUUUCUCUACCACAUUUUAAAAUGUUUAAAAAAAGGAUUUAUUACAGACACUGAACAACAAUAAGACCAACUUACAUUGUACUCUUUGUUUGAGGAGUUAUCUAAGGAGACCUGAACUGAACAGUAUAAUUUUUUUCUAUCCCGGUGAUAUUUAAAUCGAUGUCUUAGAAUAUUGCUUGUUUGGCUGGUCCCUUAAUGCAUCUCUUUGUUUAUGUGUCUCUUCUCAGGUUUCCAUGAUGGAAAGAGAUUUCCCCCUUAUUAUUAUAUUCUAAUAUUUUGAUCUUAUUUGGUUGAAAUUUGGGAGAGGAGGGAAGUGAAAUAGGAGUUCUCAAAACACUCUGGACCUUUAAAUGCUUAAAAAUUAUUUUUAUGUCUACGUCUUCCUUUUUGAUGUUGUCCACUGUGUUUGCUUUAUACAAAUAGUAUAAAGCAAAUACAGAUAAUUUCUAAAUGAGCACUCUCAAAUGCUAAAUGCUACAGGAUCAGAGAUGGGAGAACAUGGGUCCUGGCACUAGGUAGGUCUGGGCUUCAAUCCCAGCUUUGGUGCUUAUCAGACUUUAGAGAGUUUCUUAGUCUUGCUGAGCCUCAGAUUUCCCUUCUGCUAAAUGGAGAAAAUUAUACCUUCCUUGGAUGCACAGACUAGGUGCUUUAUAAACCUAGUUAUUUGGAGGAGGCCAUGGGGCUUGAGAGGAGGCAGAAUUCGGGGCUGGAUCCUGAGGGAUGGAUGGGAUGCUUUCUCUGACUUUUGCUUUUCACCAGCUUCUUCGUCUCUGUGACAAAGUAGCAUCCCUCCUCCACUGCCUGCCUUUGCUGUUACCAUGGUGAUCCAGGUUCCAUUUAGCCAGAGUUUGUGACAGGACAGAUUGGUUUUGCGAUUUGUGAAAUCUCACUCUCUAAAAUAAGGACCAGGCAGUCACGGCAGCAGUAACAACAUGGUGUUGGGUAGAGCUUCUGCAACCUCUCAGUCACGCAGGGAGCAUGUUCAACACCUGGAAACCCAUGUGGGUUGUGUUGUUAGAAGAUGGAGUUGAAUUCUAUAAGAAGAAAAGUGAUAACAGCCCCAAAGGAAUGAUUCCCCUGAAAGGAAGCACUCUGACUAGCCCUUGCCAGGACUUUGGCAAAAGGAUGUUUGUGUUUAAGAUCACUACGACCAAACAGCAGGACCACUUCUUCCAGGCAGCCUUCCUGGAGGAGAGAGAUGGCUGGGUUCGGGACAUCAAGAAGGCCAUUAAAUGCAUUGAAGGGGGUCAGAAGUUUGCCAGGAAAUCUACCAGGAGGUCCAUCCGACUGCCAGAAACCAUUGACUUAGGUGCCUUGUAUUUGUCCAUGAAAGACACUGAAAAAGGAGUAAAAGAGCUGAACCUAGAGAAGGACAAGAAGAUUUUCAAUCACUGCUUCACAGGUAACUGUGUCAUCGACUGGCUGGUUUCCAAUAAAUCUGUUCGGAAUCGCCAGGAGGGCCUGGUGGUAGCCUCCUCCUUGCUCAACGAAGGGUACCUGCAGCCUGCUGGAGACCUCUCCAAAUACGCGGUGGACGGAACUGCUGAGAACCCUUUCCUCGACAACCCCGACGCCUUCUACUACUUUCCAGACAGUGGGUUCUUCUGUGAAGAGAAUUCUAGUGAUGAUGAUGUGAUUCUGAAAGAAGAGUUCAGAGGGGUCAUUAUCAAGCAGGGAUGUUUACUGAAACAGGGGCAUAGGCGGAAGAACUGGAAAGUGAGGAAAUUCAUUCUGAGAGAAGACCCUGCGUAUCUGCACUACUAUGACCCUGCUGGGGGGGAAGAUCCCUUGGGAGCGAUUCGCCUGAGAGGCUGUGUGGUGACCUCAGUGGAGAGCAACCCAGAUGGCAAGAAGAGUGAAGACGAGAACCUCUUUGAGAUCAUCACGGCUGAUGAAGUUCACUAUUUCUUGCAAGCGGCCACCCCCAAGGAGCGUACCGAGUGGAUCAAAGCCAUCCAGGUGGCCUUCCGGACGGGGAAGUGAGGACACGCCGGCGACCUGCACCACCCCGCUUCCCGAGGGAACCUCAUGGAUAAGCUCGGUCCAGGACCUGGCCACUUCUGCGACAGAUCAGCGAGAAAGGGCCCAGGGGUGGGACAUUGUCAUCUUCGGGGGUCCUGAAUGUAACUAACCACGUGCUGCGUGAUGUUCGCCUACACCGACCGCAUUGCUCACUGAAGCCUCUCUGCCGCUCUCUGUGUCCCCCAGGCAGAUAUAACAAGCUGUGUGGCCUGGGGACGUUGCUUACCCUCUCCAGGCCUCAGGUUCCUCCUCUGGAAAAUGAAGGAGUUGAACUAGGAGAGCCCUGAGGUCCUCCCUAGCUUCAAAAGCCCCACGAUUCUAGGACCCAUGGCAGUGCAGCCGGAGUCCCUCUGUGGCCUUCAGAACCUGAAACAACUCUUCCCUUUAAAACUGUUGCCCACCUGUACUAAGAGCACUAGGUACAAACCUCUUUUUUUCACUUUUGCUGCCUUCCCUUGCUCUUGGCCACAGGAUCAUAUAUCACGGUCAAGGAGAACCCUCUUCCUUCCUUGCCCUACCCAGAAACUUCCUGAGAGCCAGCGCCGCAGUGGUGGCUUUAGCUUGAAGCCUUGUGACGACAGCCUGGAAAAUUAUGUCUUCUGAGAAAAAGACCCGAGGAAACCAGGGUCCUCUCCACGUCCUGAAGCUGCCCAAAGCAGACGUGUUCCACUCGCACUGGAGACUGAUCUGACUCGGGGCUAUCUUUGUUCCUUUCCAGAGCAUUUCUCUACCAUUUUUUCUAAUUAGGAGCAGGAACUCCAAAUCUGCAAGAUUCUGUUUCAUUUGAGUGUUUGCAGAAAAAAGUGGCCAGAGGGGUUUUCUCUAUGGGGUCUCUCCAUGGGUGAAGGGGCUGGACAGCUGCCCGCCUGAAGUGUCCCCCCAGCUCCAGAGGGUGGAGGGGCUGGAUCACAGGCCGGCUGAUUGGCUGAUGAGUUUAUACAAAGACAGCUCUGAAAGGACUUACAUCUAGACAGCACGUGGAGGUGGCCGUCACAUUGUGCCAUGCCUUCAAUUCUUGAGUUAAAGAUACUGUGGUUGUGCCUUAAAGCAGAUGCUUUAAGGACAAGCUGUCCGGUCUCCUGCUUGGCCUCUGAGGGGCCUCAUGGACCCAUCAUCAGCCAGCGGGAUCUGACCUAGAUUCAAAUUGGGUACCUGCUUCCAAUUUUUGACCCCGUCCACCAACUAGUGAUUCUAAACCAAAAUUGAGAAGGAAAUCUGGUAUGUUGUGCAGGUGUAUUUUCCAACUUCAGAUUUUUAAUUUUAAGGCCCUAGUAAGGAAAGGAGAGUAGAAAAUUCUUCCUGGUUUUAUCAGCUCCUCUCUUUCCCUCCCCCAAUUCUACACAAUAUCCUUGAAGCUAUUCCUACCUCCAGACUGUUUUCUCAAUGGCCGAGAGAUGAAAGACUACCUUUUCUCUGAUUCUUUAGUAAACUGUAUUAGAACAUGCAUAGUAGUUUUCCUAUAUUCAGUGUUAAAAGUAUUUAUUAAUAUGGAAUCAGUUUUGAGUUUUGAAAUAAAUGUUACCAUGUUUAGCGUC